AGAGACCUUUUCCUUGCGAGAGAUCUAAUUCAUGGCGCUUUAGGGCUCCGAUUCUGCUUACCGAUUGAGUUUCGAAGCCGAGUUAUACAGAUUUCUCUCACUUUCCUUUUUUUCUUUUUGAGAGAACGGGUCGUAGGCCUUUUGUGAAUCCUCUUGUGAGAGAUAGAGAAUCUGUUGAAGUUUCAGUGCGAUUCGUUAUCCAAUUUCAAGCAUGCGAGCUUCGUUAAACACCCGAUUCGCUCUGGUUUUCCUAUCUUUCUCUCUCGCUCUACUCUUCGUGCUCGCCUUACUUACAGGUCUUUUGGACGGUCAUUCUCUUACCGGAGCGAGUCAGGUGGACGUCAACAGUGGGAAUAGAACAUUAUCAGCUCCAAAUCGCAAGCUGCUUCGCCAUGUAAUGGCAAUUGAGGAGCCGGAGAGGAUAGGAGAGAAGUGUACAAAAUCAGAUAUAGUGAUACAACAAGGACCCACAGACCCGCUUCCCAAUGGAAUACCUACCUACACUGUUGAGAUCACGAAUGUGUGCGUUACUGGUUGUGAUAUAACCCGGAUUCACCUCAAGUGUGGCUGGUUCAGCUCAGCUUCCCUCAUCAACCCUAAGAUCUUCAAGCGUCUUCGCUACAAUGACUGUAUAGUCAAUGAAGGCAGGCCCUUGGUCAACGGUGGCACUCUCUCAUUUCAGUAUGCCAAUACCUUCCACUACCCUCUUUCUGUCUCCUCAGUUGUGUGCUCUUAGAUAACGUCAUUACUUGAAACCAGGACUUGGUAGGUAGUACAGGUAUUUUGGCCUGCAUUUUGCCUUCUGGGUUUUGUCUGGUUAAGUCUCUGUUUUUGGCAUGGAUUGAUACUGAGUUAUAAGAAUUGUAAAUGGUUUUUUUUUUGUUUUGGUGGCUUGUAAUUGAGCUGAUUGGAGGGAUCAAAUAUGGCUACUGAGCAGGAGAGUCUUUUUUGGAUGGUGACUUAGAAAUUUUUGGGUAUGACUCUCUGUAUAUAGUUAUAUGGUAUAGUAAUAGCCGGGAAGAUGAGAGGAUAUGAAACUGUUGCUAGAGAAAAUAUUUUUUGGUUUGGUUGUUUGAUCCUUGUAUAGAGGAGGAGCUAGUAAGAGAAUUGAUUUUUUUUUUGUUUUUUGUUUUCUGACUCCUAAUUUGGACAUUGUGUGACCAUACAUUCAUUAUUCAUAUGGGUAAUUUCUUGCAUUGAGGCGUCAUAAC